AUGAAAGAGCAGCAACCGUCUUCCGGCUGUACAAUAACCUUGUGGUUCUUACUGGGAAUCCAAAUAGCCGCGUUUGUGGCCGUCACGGUUUACCAUGCAGGGAAGAUCAGGGAUCUGGAGACUCGGCCUAGCAACUACGCCGACGUCAUGCGAGAUUUAGUGAACGAGCUGGAGAAACUGUCGCACGAGUCUGACGUCAGUCGAAGGAAAAGGGAGGUAAAUCCUGUGAUCGCUGAACUGUCGGAUCAACUGAAACGUGCACAGCCCGCGGCGCAGUGUAACGUGAGCUGCGCGCAUGACGUCGUCAGCUUACUGAAGGCUUACGUCAACUUCAACAACAACCUGCCCAACAAGCGACAGUCAGAGAAACGUCAAACCGGAACCGGAAACAAUCUGGGCGACCUCUUCCGAGAGUUGACAGAAAUCGAGAUCCACAAACUGGAACAGUACUGCAAAGACAACAACAAAAUAUGUCUUCCAGGUGCGAAAGGUGAGCCGGGUGUGGCGGGUCCUUCAGGGGUGGGGGGCGCACCUGGCCCCAAGGGCAGUAAAGGUCAGACAGGAGCCGCUGGAAUAGCAGGAGCCGCGGGUCAGAAGGGAGUCACAGGUGGACGAGGAGUCAAGGGAGACACAGAAAGUCGAGGCCUCAUGGGGCCAGCAGGGCCCGCUGGACCCAAGGGAGAGAGGGGUAUCAUGAGCCCCCCAGGACCGCGGGGGCCGAAAGGGGCCAUGGGAGUUCAGGGGAUUAAAGGGGACCGAGGUUUUGAGGUAGGCAUCAACAAUGUCGACUUUGUUUUAUUGUAG